CCACCUCCUCUCCUGCCCGGAGCCGACCCCCGAGCCCCACCCGAGGCAUUCCCUUCGCCUUCGGAACACCCUAGUCAUUCAUUGAUAACAGGGAAUUAUGAGGGAUCCUGUGAGUAGCCAGUACAGCUCCUUUCUUUUCUGGAGGAUGCCCAUCCCAGAACUGGACCUGUCGGAGCUGGAAGGCCUGGGCCUGUCGGAUACACCUACCUACAAGAGCAAGGACGGCAGUGGCAUAGGCAAAAUGGGCGUGCGAGCCACCGGAGCAGAGGAGCAGAAGAACCCGGAAGGCGACCCCCUGCUCGCGUACAGCACCUUCAACUUCUGGAGAGUUCCCAUUGCCAGCCUCCACUCUGUUGACUUGGACUUGCUUUAAGGCCAAGACUCCUCUGUGUCUC